AUGGGUUGCAGUUCAAGUAAAUCUUCUCCUGUAAGUUCUAGCGUUUUAGUUUUAGGUGCAACAGGUAACAUAGGUAAAGCUACAGUCUUGACUCUUAAGAAACACCAUGUUAAUGUUACUGCUGGUGUAAGAGACCCUAAUAGCAAAGAGGCUUAGGAAUUAGUCAAUUAAGGAGUUAAAGUUAUCUAAGCAGAUAUGAGCUCCGAAGAAGAUGCUUUAGCUGAAAAGUUAAAGGGUUUUGAAUCCGUUUUCAUUAACUCCCCUGGACACAUUGACCGUGCUAAGAUUACCAUCAACGCUUCCAAAGCCGCUAAGAAGGCUGGAGUGCAAUACAUCCUUGUAGUCUCAGUUUUAGUUGUCGAUAAUGAAGUACUUUUUGGCAAGCAAUUUAGAGAAAUAGAGAACGAAGUGAAAAAUUUAGGAGUCAGCUAUGGAAUUCUCCGUUUACCUAUUUUCUAUGAAAAUAUGCUUAUGCAAUCACAGGCUAUUGCUCAAUAAGGUUGCUUCUAUGGCCCAGUAAAUGCUGAUGCUUAAUUCUGCUAAGUUUCUGUUUAAGAUGCUGGAAAUGCCGCUGCUUCAAUAGUAAGUCAUUACAAAGAUUAUAAAAAUCAAAUAUUCUAAAUUACAAGCGAUAAGAAGAGCUAAAAUGAAAUAGCAAGCGAGCUUUCUAAAGUAGUAGGUAAGGAAGUUAAAUACGUUUAAGUUAGCUAUGAAGAUGCAAAGAAAUCCUUCAUUGAUCAUCACCUUCCUGAAUGGUAAGCAGAUGGUAUUUUAGAACUCUUCAAGCUUAUAGAUGAUAAAAAUCCUAGUUAAUUAGUAUUAACUAAUAGCUUUAAAGAAGUCACUGGAGGUAAUACCACUAGCAUUCAUGACUGGAUUGCAUAGCAUAAGUAAGCUUUUGGAGCAAAGGAAGAAAUCAAGAAGGAAGGCAUUAUUGUACUUGGUGCAUCAGGUAAUAUUGGUUCAGCAACUGUUAAAGCUCUUAUAGAGAAAAAGGCACAUGUAACUGCUGGUGUUAGAGAUGUUUCUAAAGCUAAUGCCAAAGAACUUGAAGCAGCUGGAGCAAAAGUAGUUCAUGCAGAUAUGAGCUAAGGUUAGUCAGAACUUGCUGCAAUUUUAGCUCAUUAUAAAGCCGUAUUUUUGGUAACUCCAUCAACUGAAAAUCGUGCAUAAAUAGUUUCAAAUGCUAUCAAAGCAGCUAAAGAAGCUAAAGUAGAAUAUUUGUUAGUUGUAUCUGUAGCAGUUGCAGGUAACCAUGAUGUUCUCUUUGGAAGACAGUUUGGAGAAAUAGAAUCAGAAGUUUAAUAAAGUGGUUUGAACUAUGGAUUCCUUAGACUACCAAUGUUCACAGAAAAUUUCUUUGGUUCAGCAGCAACAAUUAGCAGCUAAAAUACCUUCUAUGGUCCUAUUGAUGGUCACUUUAAAAUGACUAGCGUUUCUUGCCACGAUGCUGGUGUUGCUGCAGCAGAAAUUCUCCAUCACCACGAUAAACAUCACAAUAAAACAUACACAAUUGUUAGCGACUUACAGUCAUAAGAUGAAACUGCUCACUCAUUCACUAAUGCCCUUGGAAGAGAAGUUAAAUAUGUUAACGCUACUGUAGAAGGAACUAAAUAAGCCUUGGUUGCCUUCCUCCCUGAAUGGCAAGUAAAUGGUAUUAUUGAACUCUAUUAACUUGCAGAGAAGUAAGAUGCUUCAGUUUCUACUUUAAGUCAUGAUUUCAAAACUAUUACAGGCAAAGAUCCUACAUCAAAUGAAGCAUGGAUUAAAUAACAUUAAAAUGCUUUUGCUGCUAAAACAGAAUGA